AUGGCUCCUAAGAAAAAUCCGACUCAAACCGCCACCGUGCACAGCACAUAUUCAGACACUUCUGCAGAUGGGAACUCGAGGACUUCCCACUCCAGCAGACGCAAUAAGAAGAGGCAUGAGAGAUCCAGAACCGACCCGAGUCUCAGCAAGACAGAUCCGCGAGAUGGCAAAUCUAAAACCGCCUCUCAAGACGCCCGCACCUUCCUAGAGAGCAAGAAACGAAAGACGUCUGAGAGCGUUCAAUCUCUGGUGGAUAAAAGGAGGGAAGAAAGAAAGCAAGCCCAAGCUGCGGAAUCUAGCCGCCACGUUACUAUGCCGCAGAAUGAGGCCGGACAAAAUGGCCUUCCUGAAAAUUUCAUACGAAUAAUCUCUCCACUGGCUCCGGAGAUACUGAAUACUCCCAACCCCGGGAAAAUAAAGAUCCCAAAUAUGACGGCCUUUGAUGGAACAUUCUGCCCCGAGGAACACUUGAUGGCAUACAAAAACUUGAUGUUACUGAGGAAGUAUCCACAACUUUGCCCAAUUGGAAAGCAAGUUCCUGGGCCACUUUGUAGCUUCCAGAAGGCAGGAGAAAUCAAACUUUCAUCUGCUCAGCAUCACGCAAUUGAAAAGAGAACACAUGAUCCUAAAAGGCGGAGGUCGGAUAAGAAAGAUCCAACCAAUCAUCUCUCAAGGAGCAGAGAGGAACAGUCAUCAAGGAGGGAAAGAAACUACAUGCCGCGUCGUCCAGAACCCCUGUCAGAUAUGGGGCCCCCACGAUCCCGACACGUAUAUGUCACUGAAGGGGAGCCCGGGACGCGGAAUCUGUUCAUCAACCGAAAGGACUACGAUGCUGGAAGGGAAGCAGAAAGAAGGCCAUGGAAUCAGAAACGUAGAUCCCCCAAAAGGGAUGAGGCCAGGCGCGAAAGUUCCAAUACUCAAGGAACUAUCAACAUGAUUUUCGGAGGAUAUACAGAAGAAUAUCCUACCAUCCGCGCAGCGAGAAAUAGCGUCCACACUCUGCUAAAAGGGCCCCCGAAAGCCUCAUCAAGUGGGCUAAUCAUGAGGUUCGAUGCCACGACCUCCCAAACGCUACAACAACCCCAUACUGACCCUCUGGUGGUCACCCUCAAAAUUGGGCAAAUGAAAGUCAAACGAGUACUCGUGGAUACAGGGAGCACGGCUGAUCUCAUAACAAUGGAGUGCCUGAGAAAAAUGAAGUUCGAGGAAAAGCACUUAGAACCCCUAGACAAACCGCUGAUUGGGUUUGGGGGAAGUCAAGUCAUCCCGCUGGGCACGAUAAUCCUUCCCGUGCGGGUGGGGGAAAGAAACGGAAGCAGAACCAUGCCCAUACGUUUCACGGUGGUGGAUCUAACCUUUCCCUACAACGCUAUCAUGGGGCUUUCGCUCAUCAGUAAAAUCAAGGUCGCAAUCUUCCCUCAUAAAUUCCUCCUACAAUUCGAGCGGGACGUCGGACAAGUGGGUAUCCUCAAGGGGGAUCACGUGACGGCACGCCAAUGCCUCAUCAACACCUUAAAACGAGGAACUUCCAUCACCCCCUCCAAAAGGGAAAGAGAAGAGGCGUCCCCAAAUGUCAUGAGCGUAUAUCUGGAAAACCCCAACCCGCAAGAAAGACCUCGCCCCGUGGAACGAUACGAGGAGGUAGGCAUAUUCGGGGGAAAACGCAUCAAAAUAGGGAAGGAUCUCCCUGGCCCAGUGAGGCAAGAUAUCGUGGCCACCCUUACGGAGUUCCGCGACGUCUUUGCUUUUUCCAUGGAAGAAAUGCUUGGCAUCCCUACAAGUGUCAUGUGCCAUAAACUUGAUAUAAAACCAGGCUACAAACCCGUGAAGCAAAAGCUGCGUCAUCAAAGAAAAGAGCGAAUAGAGGCCGCCCGAGAAGAAGUGGAAAAAUUGCUGAGAGCUGGAUUCAUCAAAGAAUGCAAAUACUCCGACUGGCUCUCAAACGUCGUCCUCGUGAAAAAACCGAACGGCAAGUGGAGGAUGUGUGUUGACUUCACGGAUCUGAAUAAGGCCUGCCCCAAAGACGAUUAUCCUUUUUCUAAGAUAGAUCGUCUAGUAGAUUCCACAGCGGGCCACGCUCUACUGAGUUUCAUGGAUGCUAACGCCGGCUACCAUCAGAUCCCCUUGGCCAUAGAAGACCAGCCACAUACGGCCUUCAUUACCAAUGCCGGAGUAUACUGCUACAAGGUUAUGCCCUUCGGGAUAAAGAAUGCUGGAGCUACGUACCAAAGAAUGGUCAAUAAGGUCUUCCAAUCUCAGAUAGGCCGAAACUUGGAAGUAUACGUGGACGACAUGAUCACAAAAAGCAAGCAAGCGUCCCAACAUGCCGCGGACUUACGCGAAACGUUCAGCACUCUCCGGAAACAUCAAAUGAGACUCAACCCUGAAAAGUGCGUGUUUGGAGUCACCGGUGGGAAAUGCCUUGGUUUCCUUGUUGAUGAAAGUGGAAUGGAAGCCAACCCCGACAAGAUACAGGCAAUCCGGGACAUGAAGUCCCCGGGGUCCGUAAAAGAAGUUCAAAAGCUAACAGGAUGCGUAGCUGCCUUGGGAAGGUUUCUAUCAAAGUCCGCGGAUAGAUGUUCGCCCUUCUUCAAAACCCUCAAGCAAAGCAAGUUCGAAUGGACAAGAGAAGCCGAAGAAUCCUUCCAACAAUUGAAAGAGCACUUGUCCUCUUUGUCGAAACUUGUUUCGCUAUGCAACGGGGAAGCUGGUUUUAUACGUCUCGGUGUCCGAAUACUCUCUGUCAGGAGUACUGAUCGCCGAGAGAGAGAGAAGAAGCAAUUCCCCGUAUACUAUGUGAGUCAUGCCUUUCGAGGAUCUGAGGGAAACUACAGCGAAGUAGAAAAGGUCUUAUUUGCAAUUGUGAUGGCAAGCAGAAAACUAAAAUCUUACUUCCAAUCUCACCAGAUCAUCGUCAGAUCCAGCCAACCCGUGAAAAAGAUUCUGGAAGGAAAGAAUAAAUCAAGCCGCGUCACUGAUUGGGCUAAUCAACUUGCGGAUUUCGGCAUCGAAUAUGAACCACGAACGGCGAUCAAAGCACAGGCUUUGGCGGACUUCAUCGCCGAAAGCACUAUUCCUCAACAUCCUGAGCCUAAUCAAGAAUGGAAAUUAUAUGUGGAUGGAUCCUCGACACAGUCAGCAAGCGGAGCUAGGCUGCUGAUCAUGUCUUCUGCCGGGGUCCGUAUGGAAAGAGCGAUCAGAUUCGAGUUCGCGGCCUCUAAUAAUGAAGCGGAAUACGAAGCAUUACUCAUGGGGCUCAAAAUCUGCCAUGAAGCAGGGGCGAAAGUAUUAUCUACUUUUUCCGACUCCCAGUUAAUAGUCGGACAAGUAAAUGGAAAAUUCGAGGCCAAAGAUGAUGGCAUGAAGAUGUACUUACAACAAGUAAGAGAAUUUGUCGAGAAAUUCGACAAAUUCACAUUAGUCCACAUCCCAAGAUCUCAAAACGCACAAGCCGAUUCCCUGGCAAAACUCGCCAGCUCAGCUGAAACAUCCGCGGCUCACGAAAUUAUCUGGGAAGUUCUUCCGAACCCCAGUAUCAACCUCAUGGUUAACACCAUUGAUAGAUCAGAGAUGCGGAUGGAACCGUACAUCAAAUUUUUGCAAAAUCAGACGCUCCCCCAUGACGAGAAUCAAGCCAAAGUGCUUCAAAAGAAAGCCAGAUGGUUCGAGCUCCAUGAGGGCAUGCUCUACAAAAAAUCAUAUACCCAUCCCCUAUUAAAGUGUGUUUCUCCUGAAGAAGGAAACUACAUCCUUCGCGAAAUACAUGAAGGCGGAUGCGGUAUACAUCAAGGAGUACGAACUGUCAUCAGCAAAGUUCUCAGAAGCGGGUAUUAUUGGCCCUCUCUCAGGAAAGACGCGGAAACCUUGGUGAAGCGAUGUCCCGAAUGUCAAUACCACUCAAAAAUUGGAAGAAAACCCUCUAACUACCUGUCUGUCAUGCAAGCCGUUUUACCGUUCGACAAAUGGGGUAUGGAUAUCCUUGGCCCCUUCCCUCCAGCAAAGGGGCAACGUAAAUUCAUUAUAGUUGCCAUUGAUUAUUUCACCAAGUACGUAGAAGCAGAGCCCCUCAGCUCCAUCACGGAUAAACAAGUCUGUCAAUUCCUAUGGCGAAAUAUCAUCACGAGAUACGACAUUCCUCGUGUGGUCAUUACCGACAAUGGAAGACAAUUUGUCAGUAAAAACACAAUAAUGUACUGCGACAAAUUUGGCAUUCAAAUCCGAUUCAGUUCCGUAUCUCGGCCACAAACAAAUGGGCAAGUCGAAUCAGGAAACAAGGAGAUGUUGAAUGGUAUCAAAAAGAAAAUAGAGGGGGUUAAAGGUACUUGGGACGAGGAACUACCCGGCAUCCUGUGGGUAAGCCGAACAACCGUCAAAGAAGCAACAUGGCAUAUUCCAUUCUCUCUGGUAUAUGGAUUUGAAGCAGUGCUUCCAGUAGAAAUAGGCAUACCCUCCACAAGGGUUACCUACUACUCACAUGACGAGAACGAACAAAGGAAAAAGGAGAACUUGGAUCUGCUUCCAGAAACACGGGGGAACGCCUUAUUAAGGUCCAUGGCCCAGAAGCAAAAAAUGAUUCACAGCUUCAACCGGCUCGUCAAAACUAAACAUAUUCAUGUUGGGGACUUCGUCCUACGCAAAGUCGAAGCCACAGGGAAAAUCGUAGACAAAGGGAAGCUCGGAGCCAACUGGGAUGGUCCGUUCAAAAUCGUGCGCGUCAUCAAACCUGGAACAUUUGAACUGGAAGACAUGAAAGGAAAGAAGCUACCCCGCCCAUGGAAUGGAGAUCAUUUAAAAAAGUACUUCAUUUAA